UACAAUUGAUACACAAUUAGUGACCACGCAGCUGUGUCGUUAUUCUUCUCCUCGACGCCUACGUCUUUGAAAAGACGGAAUCCACGCCAUUCCAAAAAAUCCAACACUCGCCGAGAACAAUCAGCGUUUACCUUUUUUCAAUGAAAUUAUUUUUUCUUUGUUUUCAUUAUGGGUUGACAAAAAAUAUCACUACACUAAUACAUUUUACAAACAUUUUUAUAAACAAACGGAAUAUGUUUAGUUACCAAAUCAGUUUAUAAUUAUUUUACAUUGUAACUGUGAUAAUGACACCGACUAUGUUCAAUUAUACUUCAGUCACCUUCAUUUGUGUCAUUUCUAAAUGUAUCUUACUCUUGUUUAUUUACAUAUAUCCCAAGUAUCAUUGAAUCUAUACACACUAGAUACGAAUCUUCAUUAAAAUUAUCAGAGGAAACACCUCCAUAGUCCUGGCGCGAAAUGAUAUUACUUUAAAACAUAUUUUACACUGGGUGUGUGAGGAUAAGUAAGUAACACGUUAAAAUGAAAUCAUUUUCACGGUAAAAUUUUUGCGCAAAAUAUAAUUCCAUGAACUCCAAAUAACAAUCAUCUGUUUUACUCGAUCUGUGACAUGGUAAAUUUUCAAUAAAUCAUUGUAAUGGAAAGAUCAGCCAACGCCUGUCGGAAUGAAUUGUCAUCUAUGACCAAUGACCGUGGUGUUUCGCAUUAUCUGUUUCAUCAGUUUGGAAUGCAACUUUCCGUCAAAAGAAGAGGUCAGGUUAACUUUCAAUCGUGUGGUUUGGAAAUUUGUACGUCAACCAACUGGUUUCUGAAAAAACUUGGCUGGUACUUGUCGAUAUCUAAUUUGUAUGCCACUAGGUAUGAAAUUGGAGAAAUAGAAGAUGAAGAUCUAAGAAGUUUCUUAAAGAUGUAUUGGUCCAAGAUGUCGAAUCCUGCUGAUCGUUUAAAUUAUGUACAAGACAGCAGCAGUGACACAGAAACAGACAAAGAAACAGGUGGCAGAGGACAACAUCGUAUUUAUAAAAAUAGAAUGAGUUGUGGUGGAUCUUCCAAACCAAAAUCUUGUCUGGUGCAAAGGGAUGGAAGCAGUGAAAGGCACUGUCAUUCUUUCAAUUCUGGCAGACAAAAUACCAAUGUUAAUCAACAAAACAGACUUUGCUCUGGAGUUGGUGUGGGAAAAAAUCAACAAAGUCAAAAUAGAGAUAAUUUACCAUCUUCUGGAUCUGUUACUGGUAUAAACAACCCACAAGCUAGCGAUGAACGCAUUACUCUUAUUGUCGAUAAUACUAGAUUUAUUGUUGAUCCCGCAUUGUUUACUGCACAUCCAAAUACAAUGUUAGGUAGAAUGUUCAGUUCUGGUGUUGAAUAUGCUCAACCAAACGAACGCGGCGAAUAUGAAGUUGCAGAUGGUAUAUCUGCCAUGGUCUUUCGAGCUAUUCUUGAUUAUUACAAAGGUGGAGUAAUUCGAUGCCCGCCAACAGUUGCAGUUCAGGAAUUACGAGAAGCUUGCGAUUAUCUUCUCGUUCCAUUUGAUGCCAGUACAGUGAAGUGUCAAAAUUUAAGAGGAUUAUUACAUGAGUUAUCUAACGAAGGAGCGCGCUGUCAAUUUGAAGUGUUUCUCGAGGAUUUGAUAUUGCCCUUGAUGGUAAACAGUGCACGCAGAGGUGACCGUGAAUGUCACAUUGUUGUCUUACUGGAAGAUGAUAUCGUCGAUUGGGAUGAAGAAUAUCCACCACAAAUGGGAGAGGAGUAUUCACAAACUGUUAACAGCACUGCGAUGUACCGAUUCUUCAAAUAUAUUGAAAAUAGAGACGUGGCCAAACAAGUAAUGAAGGAACGAGGUUUGAAAAAAAUUCGUCUAGGCAUCGAAGGUUAUCCUACGUACAAAGAAAAAGUCAAAAAAAGAGCAGGCGGACGUGCUGAAGUAAUUUACAAUUACGUCCAAAGACCAUUUAUUCACAUGUCCUGGGAGAAAGAGGAAGCAAAAAGUCGACACGUUGAUUUUCAAUGCGUCAAAUCGAAAUCUGUAACGAAUCUUGCAGAAGCUACUGCCGAUCCAGUAUUAGAUGCUGGUGGUAAUCCUAUAGCAAUCGGUCUUUUACAAGCAGCAGACCCCGUGCCUCAGCCAGAAAUCGUACUACCCGUCGGUUCCGACGCCGACGUUGAAGGUGCCAUAGGUUUACCAACCGAUCAGGACCUUGGAUCUAUACCACCUGACGAGUUACCAUGAAUGUUGAAUGUACAAGUUAGACUGAGCAGGCACGAAAUUCGGUUACCAAGUAUUUAUGGACUGCUUUCUUAUUGCGUCAAUUUCCAAAGUUAAUGAAACUCGCUUAUCUGACAAGUUUAUUUAAUUGGAUGAUCAAACUUGAAAUCGAUGGUUAUCAAAUGAGAAAACUCUAUCAUAUUUUCCAUAUUUUUAUACUGUAAGUACUGUAUAUCAGUUGAAUGAAAUUGCUUGACUAUAAGUGCGCUUUAAGCGAGGUUAAAAAGGUUUCUUGUGGGUUAGAGAAGUACGAUUUUGACUCAGUCAAAAUGAUACAUAGUGAAAUUAUCGCAUCUUGUGGAUGUUCAUCUAGUUUAAAAAAUGCCCGCUGCGACUUUUUCAAUUUUGUAUGUAACGUUAAACGUUUCUGAUAAUAAUUACUUAUCGAACAGGGAAUAACAAUUUGUUGAUAUUUGCGAACAACACUUGCCGUUUUAUACGAUUAAUAAAGUUGAGUACCGUU